AUGGACAGAACAUCCGUUGUGAACUACUGCUUAGGACUCCUGAGUUUGUUAAUACUGCAGGGAGUGCUGAGUGUGGAUGGAAGGAGCACGUUCAACCCUGGAAACCGUGUUUUCAAUCCCAAAGCGGAUACAGAGGCCCAGAGCAAGAUUCUUGCACUCUUAAUGCACAAGAGCCUAGUUCCAGUUGAAAAGGACGAUCCUCUAGGUCUUGAACUGGCCAACAAAUUAGCUGAAUUAGAGGAGCUCCGGGCGCUGAGGGAGGACCUGGAGCUGGAGAGGCAAAUCACAGCCAAUUUGGCCGAGGGCAAAGCGGUAAAUCAGAAGAGGGGCGAACCUUGCUUUUGGAAAUACUGUGUGUGAGACGGAUGCAAGAGGAGGAGGACCCUGGUGAUUUCCUGCUGCAAAGCCCAACAUAGCCUUAAGACUCACAGCACCAGUAAUAUAAUCACAAUGUAUUUAU